AUGGGGAGUGCCCUUCAUAGUGUACAUGCAUAAGUGUGUGUGCGUGACUGCCUGAAAGACUAAAGUUUGUCAUUUCUGCAUAUAAUCUAAUGACAUGUCUCAUACAUGUUGGCCUGAUUCUUAGGAAAUAAGCAUUGAUACAUCCUACUGGAAAAUGAACCAAAGGACUUUCUUUCUGCUGGUUAUCAUGGGCUUUUGUGCCAUGUGGCAGAAGGCGGAUGCUCAGAUUAUUUUAGGUAAACCUGAACUCAGUGGUCCCUUGAUAAGUGUUACUAAAGCUAUUGUGGAAUUUUUCUGCAAACUGGACAAUAUCCAAACAAACGAGACUAUUCUCUAUGAGUUGUUUCAUGAAGCUAAUUUAAAUAAGCCUAUGGCCGAGUACAGCGCUCACAGCAAACAGGAAGCAAGAUUUGUUAUUGUAGUAGCUCCUGCUCAUGAUGGAAGGUUAAUGUGCAAUGCCAGCGUGCAAAACAACUCAAAUAUCAGUCCUACCUUCAGCAACUGGACAGACUUCCAAGUAUUGGUGCCUGUAAAUGGUACACACAUCAUAUCAAGCCCCUCAAGUUCAGAAGAUUUUUGGGAAAAAGACAAUCUGACUUUAAAGUGUAAUAUAGCUAGCGGAACUUAUGUAUCAUAUGAAUGGUUCCUGAAUGACAGUCUGAUCCACAAUGACAGCAAUGUACUGCAUAUCUCAAGCCUUUCCAAUAAGCACAACGGAAAAUACGUCUGUGUUGCUAAAAACUACCUUAAUGAGACAUUUUAUUACAGCAGCACAUCUAAAGAAAGGAAUGUUCAUGUUAAAGAGCACCUGUCAAAGCCUGAAAUCUCAAUUGAGGUCAUCAAGAAUACAGAUGGAAAUAUUAGCGCUCGUGUAAAAUGCCAUGUGACAAAAGGUUCACCCCCCAUAAACUUUAUCCUUUUCAAAAACAAUCACAUUGUUCAUGCAGUCACCAGUCCACACAUGGAUGCCUUAUUUACACUGCCUAUUGCACUGGACCAAGACAUGGGCACAGUGUAUUGCCAAGCAAACAACAGGAAAUAUCCAAUGCACAGCAGAGAGCUGAACCUUAAAGUGGUGUUUAACGUAAUACCAACCAAAGUGGCAGCCAUCGUUUUUACCUGUUUCUCACUGCUGAUUUGUGCCGUGUUAGCUUGCUGUAUUUUUGGAGUUGUGUUACGAAAAAAGCGAGCCAGGACAUAUAUGUUUACACUUAAAGACUUCACAGACAUGCAUAGCAUAGUGGAUGAUGAUCAUGAUGAUGAUAAAAAGAUGAUUGAGGAGAACAUAUAUGAAGAGAAAAAUGAUGCACUGGAUACAGGGGCAUCUAUUGACGAUAUAUUUAAUACGCUGGAAGUUUUACAAGCCUCCAUGAUGAAAGACUCUGAUGAGAGUGAAGAGGAAGACACCAACUUGCAUUACAGUUUCUGAAUAUUUUUUACUAUUAAUAUAACUUACUAUUAAUGUAGUUACUGCAUAAUAUACGCAGCAUAUAUAGUUUGGUGCUAAAGUCUGGGGCCGCAUUUAAAAUUUGGGAUCUGGAUUUUUUUAUUUAACUGGAAAUAAACACAGCCCUACAAUUCUGAAAUUUCUUACACAUAAAAUGGAAAUAUGCAAAGUCUUAACUAUUCAAGUUGAUGUGCAAUUUCUACGACACUAUUUACAUUUUAAGCAAAUUUGUUAUAUUGACCAUGUUAACUCUUCUCAGCCCGAGAGGACCAGCCUGAGAAAGGCUAUAGUCUUGGUAAUGUUACUUUCUACUCUCGUUAUUUCAAAUAAUGUUGUGAGUUUGCUCAAAAAUAAGAAAAAUACAAGCUUGUAUACAAUUUGUGCUUAAGAAAGCCUUACAGUUUGUUUCUUUUGUUUGUUGUUAUAAUCACAUUGUCAUUUAAUAAAAUCUUUUUUACACUUG